AUGUCGAUCAAGACAACAUAUGACCCCCAAUUCCCGGUCAUCGCAUGUCCGGGGCACGUGGUGGAACUAUCCUCUGACAACUCUCCCUUUUCAGGUCUCAUCGUGCUGUACGGCGUCAACUCGGCCCAGAACGCUCUGUCGAACACCGCCGAGUACAAGAACGACCCUCGCAACCCCAACGCCAAGUCUGGUAACGCCGGCCACUAA